GCGAAACUUGCACGGGAAUUCGCGUUUCGACAAACAUUCUGCCGCCGUUUCAAGAUCCAUCCCAUUCGUUCUCGAGGAUGGGCCAAGCAUACACGGCAUGCUGUCCUCGAUCGACGCCUCGAUCGAGCUUGGACGAAGUGGACGAAGACAAGCGGCCGAUGCUGUAUCGCCCGCCGCAAGCGGCUCCGGUCCUUCCUGUCGAAGCGAGCCGGUUGAAUUCGCACCACUAUGGGAAUGCCGCGGUUGUCGCCGCGCACAAGUCGGUAUGUCCGCUCGUUUCAUCGCCCCCGUCCUGCUUCAAACGCCUCGACUCGUACAUCCACGUCAACGACCUCCGGGCAUGGGACGUCUUUGCCGCCAUGGACGUCAACAACAACAAGCGCAUCACGCUGGAAGAGCUCCUCGACGGCUUCCAUCAAAUCAACUUCCACGUGUCGUCCACAGACCAGGCCGAUCUCGUCGAGUGGAUGCAUGACGCCGUCGAAGCGGACGGACUCUCGUUCAAGGAGUUUGCGCUCGCACUCAAGCUGCGCUCGUCGCUGGCGUCGCCUCAUCGAGCCAAACAACGGCCGUCCAAGGCCACCGUGUCCACAUAGCUAGCUAGCCGCCCCCGUUUGUUUCCGAAGUGUUCGUGUAUCUUAUUGACUCCCGGGAUCACCACGUUUGGCUGAGCGAGUUUUGCGCCGCCCGCCCUGUCGUCGUAGAGUCCAGUCGUUCAUGCAUGCUGCUCGCCGCCUGGAUCGACCUCACGACGAGUGCGCCUUGACCACGACGUGGCUGCGCCGACACUACGCAUCGCG